CCUGUCAGACCACAAUGAUCCAGCUGUUUGUGUUCAUGUGCCACAUUUAUACGUUUUAUUUCAAAUCUACUUCACACACAUUUUAUUAUCUGAUAUCUGCGACACACGGAGACUUCCUGUUAAUCCGAAAGUAAACUUUGUGCGUGGGCGUGUUUGGGAGCUGCAGGUGUGUCCAGGUGUGGGUUCGUUGCAGCAGAGGAUUUAACGGGACUUUGUGUCGGUUUGAGUUGUUUUUAAAGGAGGAUGAAGACGCUGGUGGUGUUCCUGCUCCUCAUGAACGUUUCCCAGCAUGCCUCGGCUGUGGAGGUGUAUGAGGGGGUGGAGUCUGUCCUGCUGACCUGUCAGGACACUUCUGUACCUCGAAAUCCCACUCUGAUGUGGAACCGCCACGACCUCAGUCCUCCAAUCGUCCACCAGCGUAACCUGGCAGGAGAUGAAAUGGGAGACCAAAACCAGCGUUACAGAGACCGAACAUCCAUGAAGACGGACUCUCUGCAGACUGGAGACUUCAGCCUCACUCUGAGGAACCCCAUCAUCUCUGACAGUGGCACCUACACCUGCACCAUCACUGCAUUUGGAAACACACGGACACUGACACAAGUAGAGCUGCAGGUCAAAGUGUCCCACCAAGUCCUCACCCUGGAGGUGUACGAGGGGGCGGAGUCAGUCUGCUGCCCUGUCACAUCCCGUUUGUAUCUGGACCCUCCACAAUGAUGUGGAGCCGCUACGACCUCAAUCCUCCAACCGUCCACCAGCGUCAGCAGGAAGAGGACGAGCUGAUAGAUCAAAACCAGCGUUACAGAGACCGAACAUCCAUGAAGACUGACGCUCUGCAGACUGGAGACUUCAGCCUCACUCUGAGGAAACCCCACAUCUUUGACAGCAGCAACUACACCUGCACCAUCAGAGUGACGGGAGAAGAACCCAGACUGACAGAUGUUCAGCUGCAGGUCAAAGAGCCGUACACUUUUCCAGCUGAGGCCUGGGUUCUCCUGGCUGGCUUGGUUGUUGCACUUGGUGUAAUUGUUUAUUUAUGGAUAUUGCUCUGCAAAGUCCCUCGGGUGGAGGUGGAUUCAGGCAUGGAGACUGUCUACCUUCUGUGCAAAACCACAUUUCACCUGCCUGAAGACGCUAAAGUGGAGUGGAUGGAGAACAAAUACAACAGAAGGUCCACGUGUAUAGAACGGCUCUGACCAGCCUGAAAACAGAACCAGCGUUACAGAGACCGAACGAAGAUGAAUGAAGACCUGCUGAAAACU